ACCGUCCUCGGUUUAGUCUGCAACUUUGUGGUAGAAAAUGUAGGAGUUGUAUAACAAUAAUCAUAGACAAAGAAAGCAUGACUGUCUUUUAUUAUACCCCAAGUUUGCACCAACAGAAUCGUGCAUUUAUAGGCUUAGGUUAGGAGGUUCAAAUGACAGAAAAAAAUGUGUUCACGUAUAGUGUCAUUUAUGUCCUUGAUAAAGGCAUACAUUUCUCAAGUACGAUUGUUUCGUAGCCGAAACCACCUUUUUAACCAAAGUGCAACAGUGACGAGUCUACCACGGAGGCCUCUACGACUGUGUUAUUCUUCAAUUGCCUUAGAUUAGGCUCUGACGCGGAAUGUGAAUACGAUUGGUAAUGAGCCAGAGAGAAGGUAAUUCCAAGCCAAAGACAUUGGAUAAUAUAGUUCACGGUUUUGUUGUGUCAGUCGCUCACGAGCACGAUCAUCAAAUUGAUCUUCUGAAAGCCUCACCGAGCUUUGCUGCUGGUACUGUUACUGAGUUUUCGCCGCAUCCAGAGUCGUCGAGCGUGGUUGGACAAAAGCGACUCCAUGCUGAACAGCUCCCUUCGUUGAAGGAGAAUCAAUUAUUCGAGGAAACUACAGACACUUUUAAGUUCAGUGACUUCAGCUUUCUGCCACAAAGAUCGACAUUAACAGAGACGGUGAAAACGUUAAUGAUCGAUUCAUAUGAACUAUCUAAUGACACUCUCUCUGUAGUUCGGGUACCACCAAAGAGCAAACGUCUUUUUUCGGCUGCCUUGAUAGUGGCAAACGCCGUCAACACAUCGGUAAAUUCGUUAACUUCUGAUUCAGUUUCUAAAGACUCUUUCACAAACGAUACGAAAUCUGUAGCCAUCCCCGUGGGCUUCAAGGAAACUGUAAUUGCGUCAUCUCCUGCAAACAACCUCAAAAAAGAAAAAAAGUCACGUGGAACUUCGCGAUUGAACGCUGUUUUGAAAGAAACUUCGACAGAAUCAAUUUUAGAAAACCAAUUGGAAAUGCUUCAAAAACGGUUUGGCAGAGUUAGGAAUAGGUUAGCCUCAAAAGGGAUGCAUAAAUGUAGGGAGAGUAAAAGCGGUUGUUCGGUCGAUGAUCCGGUAAUUUAUGAUAAAUGUUACAGUCCACAUACUCAAGUCAUGGAAUUGGCAAACGUUACAGAGGGAAAUGAAGUCGAUCUGAACACUUCCCAGCGUUACUCAGAAAAAACACAUGGAAUAAACUCACAACGAGUAAUCGAGUGUCGUGAUGAGGACGAUAGUGAUAUUGAUGAGCAAGUAAUCCACAGUGAAAUCUUUCAACAUCGCCCUUAUGACGACCAUGCGGUUGUAGCCCAUUUGAUUGAAUGCGACAAAACUGAUUUAAUAAACAUUCCGAAAAAGAAAAUAAAAAAGAAAAAGAAUCAGGUAGUCCCAAUUUCAUUUUCAUUUCGGAAAAAGAUACUACACUCAAAACUAGAAGCUAAGAUAGAAAAACAAUAUCGCAUUAUGAAAGAAUACUUAAAGGUUGCAACACUCUCCAGCCCGUCUGUGGACGUUGCCCUGUACUGCAGAUGGAAUCCCAGGAUGAUUGAAUCUUGUGGGCAUACGACAGAGUUGAUCAUUUACACUAUGAAGGCUUUCUUUAUGACAAACAGUGGUCUACACGUGAACUGGAUCCACUGUCCUGAAGAGAAAUUUGAAAGACUAAUUGAACGAGGUGCACAGAUGAAAUUUCGUAAGGACUUUCCAGAACGCGUGCUGGGAGUAUUAACACUAUCUUAUAAUGCAUCCGUCUUACUGAGAAAUCCACAAUCAAAUCUACUUAGUGCCUUAUGCGAACUUCUCGAAAUCCAUAGAGAUGAAUUGGUGGUUGUCGAGGUCAAUGUUAAAUGAUAUGUAAACAACCAACAAAUUUAUGAGACUUAUAAAGGUCUAAAUUAUUGUUUUCAAAAACCAACGCAAAUUGAGUAUAGUGAUAAACAAACAGUAAAGGGAAAAAAAACAGAAUAAAGUAUAUUUUAAAAUAUAUGCCAAUAUUUGGAUUACGAUUAAGUUUAUAUACAUUUUAUUUUUCUUCAAAAAAAGCCGUUUUUUCCAAUAAAGGUUCUUCCUUGAUAAA